AGAGCAUAGGGAGAGAGACUGGGUGCAAAGAAGAAGAAGGGUCUGCAAGAGGGAGAGAGAGGAGGGGAGGGUGAAGGAAGGACUGACUGACAGGCAGACAGAUCCUACCAAGGGCAGGGGGGCUGCAUACCAACCUGCAGGGGCUAGAGGACCAGGAGAGGAAGCAGGUGCUGAGCAGUGACUCUGCAGACAUGGAAGGAGCUUCAUUUGGAGCUGGCAGAGCAGGAGCAGGCUUUGAUCCUAUAGAAUUCCUGAAGCAACCCCAGACCAUCCUGAGGAUAGCAUCCUGGGUUUUCUCCGUGGUAGUCUUUGGCUCCAUAGUAAAUGAAGGUUAUAUAAACAUCGACAGCCCGCAGCUGCACUGUGUCUACAACAGAAAUGAAGACGCUUGUAACUACGCCAUCUCUGUCGGGAUCAUCGCCUUUUUCGCCUGCGUGUUCUUCAUCAUUCUGGACAUUAAUUUUCCCCAAAUCAGCAGCGUCAAGGACAGGAAAAAAGCGGUCAUUCUGGAUAUGGGCUUCUCAGGGCUGUGGAGCUUCCUCUGGUUCGUGUGCUUCUGCUUCUUGGCCAACCAAUGGCAAAGGACACCUAAAGUGCCGGCAGUAGACCAAGCGGCCGAUGCUGCGAGAGCCGCCAUUGCCUUCUCCUUCUUCUCCAUUAUCUCCUGGGCGUUUAUAUCACUAUGUGCCCUGGACAGAUUUAACCGCUUAGCCUUUGGUGAAGAGGAGCAGAGGAUUAUCCCCCCUCCUCGCACCCCCCCUGCCUCUGUGUCGCCUGUGCGUUCUUAACCCGGACUAACAAACUCUUUUUUUAAGCAUUUAAAGGGGAAAUCCAUCCAAAGUGAUCAUCUGACUUGUCAUAUAGUGUAGAGAUUUCAGUUUUAGGUACAACUUUCAAGGCGAUGGCCCAUUGAAAUCAAUGGCACUGUGCUGAGAAUGCUGCGUAAAAAAAACCUCUGAGCAGUGUCAAAGGGGCUCCAUCAUGUUACAAACCCGGAAAUCAGUGGUAGUCACAGAUCACGGACGUCACCCAUUACCUGUAUCUAUGACAUAGCAGAAGAUGAUUUUCUCCGCCCCUCGGCCAGCCACUAUCUCCCCCUUGGAUACGUCCAUAGCAUGAAUAUUUCCUUAAAGGGAUAUAAUCCCUUCAUCUACAUAGUUGCUACCAUAACUCUGGACAUCAAGUCCCAUCCCCAAAACACCCCAAAAUUGCCUGCUUUGGGGUAAAUAUGCACAAACCCCUCCCCCCCCACCCUGCCAGGGCUGCCACCAGUAUGACCAUCAUGAUCCCCACCGUGAGCAGCUAGAUCUGAUGGUGGUCACUGACCAGCUGUCACCAGUAUCACUGAGCCGCAUCCCAAAACGUACUACAAAUGCCUGAGAAUGCAGAUUCAGUGGACGUCUAAUGUAUAAGUGAAAAUGGAGUCUCCCUUUAAAUGACCUCAUUUCCUAGGAUACAUUCCACCUAUAGUCUUCCAUAUCACUAUAUUUCCCCAUCUAGGACAUAUUCUAGGACUUAUUACCCUAAGCCACAUUGGUCGUAAUGGCUAAAGGCAAUAUACGAAUAUUUCUUUUUAAAAAGAUUGUCUCCGUUUCUCACCAUUUCAAAAUGGCCGCCUUCCCUUUAACUACGCCCUUGCCUUCCAAAAUGAUGCGUGCAAUGUUUCCUAUAAUAUCCAGCUUAUUAAUCUCCUGUGCCGAUUUGUAUUGCCACUGACUUUUAUUAACCCUCUGUUGCCUACCUUUCUGCCUUUUAGCCCAUUAUUAACCCUUUAACAUACCCUCUCCCCCAGGCUUGUAUGGCUCUGAAAGCUUUCCAGAGAUUCCGCCUAGGAACUGAUAUGUCCCUGUUUGCCACGGACAACUUCGCCCCUGGACCCAACGCCGGAUACCCAGGCUACCCCACAGGCAGCGGUAUUGAAACUACAGAAACC